AAUACUAAUGUCAUCUUGUUUCUCUCGCCCACCUCCUCCUCAUCCAUUCCCGUACACCGUGGCUUUAUCGCCUCACUAUCCCGCUCUCUUUGUUUGGUUUCCGGUGCGUCAAUUCAAUCUCCGCGGAUGCUGCGCAUCCUGAACGCGAAACACUGUGCUGGAUUUUCGACUUGUCGUCGUAACGGGUAUCGUCGCCAUCAUCGCUUCCACCGCUACGAACAUCGCCAACCUCGGCCACAUCGUCGCCAUACCGGCAUCCCAACGUUACGCAUGCCCCGCUCAAACACCACUGUCCUUACGCUUACAGCGAUUCAGUCGAAGCGCGAGCUUUUCUUCAAAGGCGGUAGUGGCUCGCUGACCUCGCCCCCGGCUGUGCCGACGGUGCCCUCGGUGCCGCCGCCUCAGCCCCCGGCGAACUCCAACACAACGACGCUGUCGGCAUCGACAGCCACAGCACCCCCGGGCGCUCCGGCCAAGCCACGACAGCUCUCCUCCAUCACCCAGACCGACGCCUGCGAGGACAGCAACAAGCGCGAGUCCGCGAGGGCCGAGCAGCUGAGCGCCAAGGAGGCCGCGAACGCUAUCUCACCCUCGGCGAAAUCAGCCCCACCCACGAAAGCCAAGGAGCUCGAUGGCUACGUCGGCUUCGCUAACCUGCCUAACCAGGUCUAUAGGAAGGCUGUGAAGAAGGGCUUCGACUUCACUCUCAUGGUUGUCGGUGAGUCGGGUCUCGGAAAAUCCACCAUGAUAAAUUCGCUGUUCCUCACGGACAUCUACAGCGCGGAGCAUCCGGGCCCCAGUCUGAGGAUGCAGAAGACCGUUGCCGUGGAGACGAGCAAAGUGCUGUUGAAAGAGAACGGGGUGAAUCUCACUCUCACCAUCGUCGACACACCCGGGUUCGGUGACGCUGUGGACAAUAGCAAUUGCUGGCAGCCCGUGAUCCACUACAUCGAGAGCAAGUACGAGGAGUUCCUGAACGCGGAGUCGCGGGUGGUAAGACGCCAGAUACCCGACAGCCGCGUCCAUUGUUGCUUGUACUUCGUUGCGCCCUCGGGCCACGGACUCAAGCCCCUCGACGUCGAGUUCAUGCAGCGGCUCCACGACAAAGUCAACAUCAUCCCCGUGAUUGCUAAAGCUGACACCAUGACACCUGACGAGUGUGUCUAUUUUAAGAAGCAAAUAUUAAAUGAAAUAGCUCAGCACAAAAUAAAAAUAUACGAAUUCCCGGAAGCAGAGGACGAUGAAGAAAAUAAAAUGCACAAAAUCCUAAGGGACAGAGUUCCUUUUGCAAUUGUUGGUGCGAACACAGUUAUUGAGUACGAUGGGAAAAAAGUACGAGGUAGAAAGUAUCCUUGGGGAGUAGUAGAAGUCGAAAAUUUGGAACACAAUGAUUUUAUUGCUUUACGGAACAUGAUUAUUCGCACACAUUUGCAAGAUUUGAAAGAUGUUACGAAUAACGUUCACUAUGAAAACUUUCGAUGUCGUACCCUGGCUGGGCUUAGCGUUGACGGAAAACCCACAAGAGUAUCCAAUAAGAAUCCAUUGGCACAACUGGAAGAGGAAAAGAGGGAGCACGAUAAUAAAAUGAAAAAAAUGGAAAUUGAAAUGGAGCAAGUAUUUGAAAUGAAAGUUCGAGAGAAAAAACAAAAACUCAAAGAUUUAGAGACAGAUCUUCAGCGAAGAAACGAUCAGAUGCGACGGUCUUUGGAACAACAAGCAAAGGAGCUCGAGGAAAAGAGGCGGGCGUUCGAGUCGGAUAGGUCAGCUUGGGAGCAACAAACUGGGCACAGUAUUGAGGAAUUGCGUCGACGAAGUCUCGAAGCAAAUUCAAAAGAAGCGGUCGACGGCAAGGACAAGAAAUACAAAAAGAAGGGCCUCUUCUAAAGCAUCUCUAAGCUGCAUAAUACAGCCAAAGAUCCAAAAGCGGUCAGUUUGGUAUCAAACACAGGCGGAUAAAGAAAAAAGAAAUAACUAAUUUAAAAAUGAAAAAAAAACUAAUUAACCGAAAGCCUUUAUAUGCGCGCAAAUUGCAUAAAUGUAUAAUUGUAGCCUGUCGCGUGAAUCGAGUUUUAUGCAGAAUAUGAUAAGCAAAGACUUGCCGAUUUUUCGUGCAUAUUGGGG